GGCGAACCAUGUCUCUUCGUGCGCUACCACCACUGUCUGCCCUCGCAAGGGGGGCAAGGUCAUCACUCAGAUCGUCUACGAGGCCGCUGUGUGCUAAGAAUGCCCAUAAUCGCCGUGGAUAUGCGACCAUUACCCCCUCGAUCCUGGAGCCGCGCCCACCGCCAGAGCCCCCGCUGAACCCUCAUGCACUCCUCAGCGAGCACGGUACUCCAGGACCUAGCCAAACACCCAAUCUCAAUCCCUCCGAUUCUCCCCCCAUUCCUCAAGACACCCUCUCCGACCUCGACGCGCGCAUCCUCCAAAUCGUCCGCGACGAGCGCACGGGUAUCUCCCUUCCCUCCCUCCUGGCCCAGUUCGACGACCGGGUGGGUGAUGUGCUGCCUACCGCGCUCAAGUACGAGCCGAGUCCCGCCGCGGAUAGAAGAGUAUGGUUCAGCGAGCGCGGCGCCCCCGGCGUGGUCGCGAUCGCGCACGCGACGGGGGAGGGGACCGUGAGGGUGUGCUCGGGGUUUGCGCUCGAGCAGACGCGGCCGGAUGAGAGCGGACAACUGUUCGUGACGUGCGCGCAUACGUUGGAGGAGAUGCGCCGCGCUGCCGCCGAGUCGCAGUCGGGGAGCGGGACGUUCGUGGUCGCGAAGCGCGGGGACGACGAUAUGGUCGUCUACCGCGCAAUCGCGAUCCCCUCGGCUCUCCCGCGCUCGGAUGUGAUGCUCCUGCGCGCGAUCCCGCUGAAGGACGCCCCGCGCCGCGUUGCCGCCAGUUCCUUCCAGACGGGAGCGCAGUCGACAGUGACGCUGCAUGGCACAUCUGCGUCUGGAGAGCAGAUCUACUCGGGUACUCCUCUGCCGCAUCAGUCUGGCCCGCUCUUCCGGAACAGCGCGUCAUCUUCCAAUGCAUCUCCGCCUUGGGUCAAUACCACUUCUCCAUCACUGGCCGCAUCCACUACGUCCUCACUCCUUUCCACUCUUCCCGUGAGUCCCUAUCCCGUACACCCUGGCACGCGUAUCCGCGCACAUUUCGUGCGUCACACGCCGCCUGUCCUAGGUGAGGAGGGCUGGGUGCCUUGGGUGGGCGGCAUGUGGAGCAAGUGGGUCAGUGGGCAGGUGGUCGGGUACAGGGACUUUGCAGGGAAGGAGGCUAAGCCCGGCACCUACGACUCCCUCUCGCACCUCCUCUUCGAGCCUAUCCCAUCCCCGGGAUCGAGCGGCGGCCCGAUCGUAGACGAGGAGACAGGCGCGGUGGUAGGCAUAGUGCUCGGUGCGCGCAUGGACAGUACCAGGAUCGAUGGAAUGAGGGGCUGGGGUGUACCCGCGGAGACGGUUCUGGAGAUGUUCAGCUUGCCAGGGCUGGAGGGCAAGCAGUGAGUGUAGACGAUUCAUCGCGGACGACUGUAGACUAUACAUAUAUCCCGUCGACCUUGUACAAUAUUGCCAUUGGAUUCUCGUUCCUUUCCCCUUC